AUCCCACCGAGCGAAGGGCAGCGCUUGGCCGCAGCCCAGCAGCAGGUUGCUCUCCGCAGGUAUUAUUUUGGACUUUUUUCCCGGGAUCCCGCGCAGGGAAACGAUGAAUUUUGGCGGUCGGCGGAGGAUGGGGAGCUGCGGGACGCACCCCUGGGUUGUCCGGGUAAAUCACGUGCCACUGAGCUGUGCCUCCACCUCACCCCUACGCUGCCAUGGCCACGCUAGAGACGCUGCCCGUCCUCAGUGACCCGGCCUACCCCAGCCCGGAGAACUUCCACGGCUUCGCCCCCCGGUAUUCCCAGACCAUCCCCAAGAGCGCCAUGGGGAGCGUGGGCAGCGGAGUGGCCAACGACCAGGAGUUCGCCAUGAAGAGCGUGGGCACGCGGACGCAGAGCAGCGGCCGGCAGACGGAGGGGCCCCGCAACGGCUACUCCGCGCGGGAGAUCUCCAACCGCUACUCCGGCGAGGAGAAGACCUACAAGUCGGAGAAAGUCUCCAACUCCCUCUACAUCAACGGCGACCUGCGCAAGAGCGAGAAGGUGAAGAUGGACAUCUGCGGCAACGUGACCACCAACAACGAGAAGAACCUGCCGCCGCCUCCCCAGUACCGAGAGCCCAGUAACCCACCAAAGAUUUUGCCGAUCUCCGGCAAACUAGACCAGAGCAAUGAGCCCUUAGUUAGACCCUCAGCCUUUAAACCAGUAGUUCCUAAAAACUUCCAUUCCAUGCAGAACCUCUGCCCGCCGCAGAGCAACGGGAUGGCAGAGAACAGAAAGAGCUUGAACCAUGCCAACAGCAAUAGCCCGUCCGCACCCAAGGGUGGACUCGACAAGAGCAGCCUUAACAGGACUACAAACCAAGGCGGGGGGCUCUCGGAUUCGGGGCGUAACUCGCUAACGAGCCUGCCCACCUACGGGACGGGCUACAGCCAGCACGUGGGCCCCAUGAGCGCCUCCACGAGCCACAUCAACCGCAUCGGGACCACCUACGUGGAGAAGAACAUCGUGGGAUACAACGGGAUAUCUACCUCAGACAGCGGGCGGUCCUCGAGCAAGAGCACCUCGUCCUUCAACAGACUGAACCAUCUCAACGAAACGAUGCCUUUCCACUCGCCCUCGACCGACGACAUCAUCCAGGACCUGGAGGACCGGCUGUGGGAGAAGGAGCAGGAGGUGCUGCAGAUGCGGAGGAACUUGGACAAGAGCGAGGCGGCCAUCUUCCAGGUGUUCGAGGAGAAGCAGAAGAUCUGGGAGAGGGAAAUGGAGGACCUGAGGCAGAACUAUGCCAACAAGUUGCAGCAGGUCUCCAAAAAGGCGCAGCGGGCUCAGCAGGCUCUGCAGCUCCAAAUCUUCAAGCUCCAGCAGGAGAAAAAAAAACUCCAGGAUGACAUGGGACAACUCCUCCAGCAACGAGAGGAGCUGGAGAAGAAAUUUGUGGCUUUCAAGAAGGAGCAGGCUGAGUUUCUCCCCAAGAUUGAAGAGACCAAGUGGGAGGUGUGCCAGAAGGCAGGGGAGAUCUCCCUGCUCAAGCAGCAGCUGAAGGACUCCCAAGCCGACGUCUCCCAGAAGCUCAAUGAGAUCGUGGGACUGCGGUCGCAGCUCAAGGAAGGUAAGAACUUCCUACGGGAAAAAGAGGAGCAGAUCCUCACCCUGAAGGACUCCUACAGCUCCAAGAGCGUCAACCUGGAGAUCUGCGAGGGCGAGCUGCAGAGGAAGAUGAGCGAGGUCCAGGUGCUGAGGGAAAAACUGAACCACUGUGAGCUGGAGGUCUCCGGCCUGAAGCGGACACUUGCCAGCAUGGCACCUGCGGGGUCUUUUGGCGGGGACCUUGGGGAGAAGCUGCGGGACCCGCUGGCGUGCGAGAGCGACGAGGCCAAGAUGCAGCGGCAGAGCGAGGACAGCGUGAACACCCUGCGGAGGGAGGUGGAGCGGCUCCAGAUGGAGCUGAAGCUGGAGCGGCAGCAGCGGGAGCAGCAGGUGAUGGACUUCGAGGAGGAGCGGCGCACGUGGCAGGAGGAGAAGGAGAAAGUCAUCAAGUACCAGAAGCAGCUGCAGCUGAACUACGUGGAGAUGUACCAGAAGAACCAGCUCCUGGAGCACAAGGUCAACGAGAUGAACACGAAGGCCACCAGCCCACCGCACACCGAGGAGAAGAAGACAUGGACUCCCUCCCGACUCGAGCGAAUAGAGUCCACCGAGAUCUGAGGAGGGACCGAGGAGACACAACGGAAUUUUUCAUUGCUGUGCAUGUACUACCUACUCAAGCCAGUGAUCUUCCGAAGGAUAAUGCGCUCCUGUCGGAGCGGUGUGAGUGUGCUCCCACCAGGCUCCAUCACCCUUACCCUCCACUUCUGUGCUCUGUAGGUAAAAUAACUGUGGAUGUGCAUUGGUUUUCUAUCGAUAAUGCAACAUCUCAUCUGGGUUUUUUCCUAGUACAGCUGGUGAGGGUCAAUUGGCUCUUUUGUAAUCUGCCCUGACUGUUACUUCGCUAGAGGCUGCCACCCCCUCUCCUACAAUUCACCCUUCCUUGGUGGGUUGUUUUGGAGGGUUGUAUUCGGUUUCUUUGGUUUUUCCAAGCAUUUACGUGCAGCGAAACAGUUCAAAGUGGCAGGUUUGUUGUUUUUUGGGUUGUUUUGUUUUGUUUUGUUUUCCAGGAUGUUUUUAGCCACAUUGGCUAAUGGAGCAAAGCUCUUGGGAUCAUGAGCAAACUCAAGUGUUCUGCAUCAAGUAUCCUGUCUAGACGGUGGUCUUAGUGAAGUCAGUGCGAGCUUGGCCACUGAUUUCAGUGAAACCAGACAUAUCUCUACCAGACAACUCCCUCUUGCCCUGGUUGCAAGAGGGUAGGACAUCCUUGAGGAGCAGGAUGAGCCUGUCCUGGCAACAGAAGCCAACAAGGAAUGAUGUCCCAGCAGGAGCCUCUCUGGAGGCUCAGCAGAGCCUAACAUAUGCUGCGUUUUCACCUCCUUGUGGUUUCCUCCUGCAGUUCCACUCUUCUCCCAGGUUGUGACCAACCCCGGGAGCAGAAAUACCCUCUCACUUCUGCCUUCGUUCCCGUACUCUUACUCUACACCCAAGCUGGCUACAGCAAGAAAAAAGCUCGGAAAUCCGAGCUAGUUUCCCUUCCCAACAGCCCUCUUGACUUCCCAAAGUCAAUGGAAUCGAGGUUUGGGGAAACCUCCAAAUCCAUGGGAUGUUUAUGCAAACUGAAGCUUUAGCAAUCUGCCCCAAAAGAGGGCAAUUGUGCCACCCUAUCCCCAAACGAGUGACACCUUGGUGCACUCUCUUGGUCCAGGGUCUGCUUAAAAACAGCACUCGAGCCUCACUCAGGAGCUGCAGGGGGGGGCACAGCAGCAUCACAGCUGGAUGGCAAUGGUCAGCCUUCAGUACUGCCAUUCCAAACAGCGCCCACAGCCAUCCCAAAAUCCAGGGAUGGAGAUAAUAACUCGCAGGCCUCGCUCAAGAAAAUACUCAGCUACGAACUCUGAGCAUGAAAGAAGUCAUAAGAGGGGAAAAUGCUUAAGAUCACGCAAGUGCUUAUGCCGUGGCAGAAUAAUAAACCAAAUCCUAUGUGCACAGCCACCGAGGCAGCAAAGCCUGGCAUUCCGCUUGAAAACACGGGCAAAGUGAGCUCGGUUCUUCCUGUCACGGACAAUUUUUUACCAUGAGUCACAAUAAAGAGGAGAAAAAUGUUGCAAAGUGGAGUUUGCACUGGCCAAAGGAUCAAUAGGAGUGGGGAUUUUGGCUCUUUGCCCUGGGGAGCAGCUAGAAGAGAAAAGUUAGAAUUAGCACUGGGAUGUCUUGAAGUGUCUGUGACUCCAGGGUGAGUUUGGCCAGAUUAAAUUUCAUGUGCAUACCAAGGAAGAACCUCGAGGCAUUGGGGGGCUGAAGACCUUCCAAACAAAAGCCCUGAAGCUGCACAUUUUCCAUGUUCUGUCUCCCCAAAGCUCUCCUGUUCAUGACCAGGUCUGACCUUCAGUUUGAGAGCAAAUAUUGUUGUGAUGAGCUCCAGACUGAGCAGAGUGGAGACUGAAGUCAGUCCCACCAGCCCAAGUCAUCAGCCAGUGCUACUGGCCAGGAGCUGGCUGCCAGAGAUCCCUGGAGCCAUUGAAAAAUUGAAAAGUGCAACAUGACCAGGGGCAUUUCAAGAUCCAAGUUGACCGUUCCUGUCUUUGCCCACCACUUCUGCCUGUGUUGGAGCUGGAGGAAGACAACUCAUGGAAAACACCCGGGCUGCUCAGGCUAAGCCCCUUUCCCUGGACCAGCCAUAAAAGGGGGAUUAGGUCAGGUCUGACUCCUGACAGGUGUGGGGAAGAGUCCUACUGCAAAUCCUGAAGAUGCUCCAGCGCUUUCAGAUGUCAGCCCGUGCGCCCCAGCACGGAAAGAGUGCAGCUGACUGCCAGUGCCACACAGCUGCAGACUUUGCCAUGCCCAGGGAGACAUCCACGUACACCUGGCCAGGCAAAUCCUAGAGCUUCCUCCAUGUCAUACUCCAGGCCUUCCAGACAGAAUCAAACAUCCCACAGUGUCAGGGUUGGACAUCUGCUGUCCUGCACCAUCUCAGCUUUCUUUUGACAUCAGACAAGCCCACGUUGUCCUCCGCCUCAAGGCAGGUGUUUGGUGUCUAUUCUUGUGAAGACUGUUCACCUCAGAGGAAAGGCCCACUCCCUCCACCUUCUUCACUGCAUCACAUCGAUCCAGAGUUUCAAUCCAGAUCUGAGAGACCUCGACUGUGGACAUUCCCUGGAUGAUAGAGCCUUGCAGACAUCCAUUAAGACGCUCUGCUGCUGGUUUUCCCUCUCUCGGGAUUCUCCCACCCAGGAUCCCCCAAGCAUCCGGCUGUCCUGCAGAAACCACCCCACCAGUGCUACGGAAAAUACAGAUGGUUUUGGGAGCCAAACUGCCACAAAGGAUUCCUGUGCUUCAGGAUUCCUUCCCACAGCUGGAUGUGCUGCUCCCCUGAGCCAGCCCUUUGCUCAGCAGAGACGGAGCAAAAUGAUGGCGGGACACCUGGGUUCCUGCUGUUUGUGCCCAGGUGGGAGCUCACCUGGCUCCUUCCAGAUCCUUACGCUUUCACGAGUUGAUGAAAUCUCUCAUCAAAAGCUUUGUUGAGGCUCUGGGGUCUUAGCCCUGGAUUAGGACAGCCAAGGGGUGCCAGGCUGGUGUUUGGGUGACUAUAUCCUGGGAAUGGCCAAGGAGGCGUGUGUCUCUUGAAGGCUCAGGCAGGGCUGAUAAAUUGUUCCUGUCCCAUGGAACUUGGGCUUGACCAUCCCCCAGCUGUCCACUCCACCUCGGAGCUAGUGGAUUUCAGCAUGACGUCCUGGCUCACGUGUCAUUCUCCAAGUCCUGGCCCCAAAAUCCUCUCUAACUUGCCACUGGCCCCCACCACAAGCUGUGGCCAUGAGGGUCUCAGCUCAGUUGCCCACAAGCAUUAGAGAUGCUCUGGGAUAACCAACACAUGCAGCUGAACAAUAUGAUCCGAGAUUUUUGGGAGAACCAGGCCAGUGGUGGCAGUCCUGGAGCAGCUCUGGUGUCACAGGGCCCCAUGUACAGAGCCCAGUCACACUCCAGGCACAUCCACACGGCGAACAGAGGGCGCUGAUCAGCUCCAGUGGCUUCCAUCCAUGAGGAUGUGGGCUGAGCAGGCUAUCCUGGUGCCAGGGAAGCUCUUACUCUGCUGUGAGCGGGGCUGCUUUGCUCCGCCACCAUCCCAAAGCUGGCUGCUACUGCUGAUCCAGCAACCCAGCUGGGCUGAUUCCAGCACUCCCCUCUCACCCCCAGGGUGGACACCACAACCAGGGCACGUGCUUGUGCUUCACACAGCCCCACUUAGCUCCUGUCUGCUGGCAGCUGGUGGACCCAGUCCUGCUGUCACUGGUGGUGGUCUCUCACCUCCGGGUUUCCACGCUCCAGAGAGGAAUGGAAUUGUUUCUCUUACGCUGUUGUACAGAGAGAAGUGCACUUGGAUGUAAGUAAGAGCCCAGCUCUGUAUGUUGAUGAUUAAAUGCAGACAAGAAAGCUCUCUGUCUUCUCUGUUGGCAAGGGGGACCGAGCGCUGAGCACCGCACAGGGGGUGCUCAGCACCCCGACCUGUGCCUGGCUGCACUGAGAAUCUGGGCUUCAGCACCUCCCAGGAACGCAAUCCAUUUGGGAUUAGCUCAGCCUGGUGUCACUCUGUCCUGCUUUGGUCACCCUGAGCCAGGUUUGCAAUUGCCCCCUGGUUAAGGGAGACGUCCCUGCUGCCUGUCCGGUGUCACACCCAGACUCCAGGCAGACAGUGGCUCCCAGAUGUGUCCCCCCUGAGCUCUGCCAAUGGAAAGAACCAUCCUGCUCCCCUCCUGCCCCUUGCAGUGGCACUUUAUAGCUCGCUCAAGGCAGCGAACUCACGAGCAACAUGACCAAAGAUCUCCAGAGAGUGUUGGGCUGCAUGCUUGGAGCUGUGUUCCGGCUUUCCUGCAGAGAGAUGAGGCUGGUGUGGGCUGGAAAAGGGGAAUGAGAGCUGGCCAGGGUCUUGAUUUCCCCACGUCCCACCUGGGAAUGUUUGCAGGUCCAUGAGGGCCUUUCCUGUAUGAGAUAGGACAGCAUCGAAAGGAGUUCCUGGGUGAGGUGAUUGUCCCCAGUUGGUGACACCAGUGUCCUCCACAGCCAUACCAAUUGGCUCCAUUUCCCAUGGAGAAUUUGGACCAGGGACUGUCCCUAGGAAUUGAGAUGGAUGCCAUUCCCUUUCUUCUUGAGGAGAAGAGAGUUGCCAGUCUUCAGGCAAAUUCCUGCCUCUCAUCUUCAGAGCAAUAGGUCUGCUCUAGGUUAGCAGCAGACACCACAACAGGGUCCAGUCAAUUGUUCUGGCUCAGUGGGAACUGUCCAGGAAAAUCAGCAUCCUGAGAGCUGGUGGUCCUGCUGGCUGCCGCCCACAGCUCACCCCAGGGCAUCCUCAGCACCCGCCUUACCAAGGAACCAAAUUCCGAGGUGAAGGCAGCGUGUUCUUCGCUUCUUCUGCUUGGGGUGUUGAAAGCAUCUCCGCCCACCUUUGCUCCAUGGAGGCUCCUGGGCCUGGCAGGAGGCCAGCGGGAGAUCUGUGCUCCUGCAGGUGGGUGUGCAGGUGGGUCUGGGCCUUGGGCAGAUGCCUCUCACUGUGCCUCUGCUCCCCAGGCAUUCUCAGCCUCCUCCACUCCAUGCCUGGGGUGGGAGAGAGCCCAACUCACUGUUAAUUUAACCCAAACCUUCAGUUUAAGCCUUGGAACCCCUUAAUAUAAGGUACUGUUGACCAAGACCCCUUGCUAAAGAUCUGCUCAUGUGCCCUGCUGCUCCUCUGCUCCAGCUCUCCAGGCUCUGCUGCCUCCUUUUAGAUCAUCCCCAUCCCACUGGAGCAGUCAGUGCCUCUCCCAGUGCUCUCCCAGGUACAUCCGGACAAGCUGGAGCUACAGCGCCCACUGAGAAUGGGUUAUCCCAACUCUGCUCUCAGGAGCUUUCCAGAACACUGAUCCACUCCUCUCUGACAUCCCCAUGGCAGCUCCAUCAGCCCUGCUUUACCUCCAAGGACAACCUGGCUUCCUGCUGAAGGACAUUCCCAUGGCCUGCAAUCCUGUGGGAUCAUUGCACGGGGAUUCACACCAUCACCACCCAGCUCUGGAGCUCCCUGGUUCUUCCACCCUCUGGAAAAAACAGGGGUCUGAGGGGUCUGUGAGGUCCUUAGGGGCAUGCAGGAUCCCACAGUGUAUCAAAGGGUUGGGAUCACAUCCAGCUGUUUGCAGAUGUUGGCUUCCCAGUAGGAUGUUCCAUGCUGGCAGUGCAACCUGCAGGAUAAUCCUCCUCCGUGGUUCUCCCAGUGACGGAGAUCGUGUCAGGUCUGGAGCCUGGGACCAGGCUGUGUUUCCACAGCUCUUUCACAAAUCUGUUUUCUCCAGCAGGAAGUCUCUGCUUUCUGCCCCAAAGCAAUAGGCCAUUCCAGGGAGAUUUAAAAGGGACUAUUCCCAACUCUGACGCCUGCAGGCAAGCCAACAUUCCCGUGAAUACCUUCACAGCUCCAGCCCUGGCCUCGACUCCUUUGGAAAGGGAUGCAAGGCCCAGUCUGGCUCUAAAUAACCACAGUGGUCUGAGCUCUAAAUAAACAGGUGGCUCUGUUCAUCCGGAGAGCCCAAAACUGCCCACACCCAGCAGGCCACCAGCAGGCGUGACCCAUCUCCUCCUGGUGCCCACCCCAUGGCUGCCACUGGGUCCCUGCAGCGGGUCUUCUCCACCUGGGAGCCACUGGGGUGUCGGAGCUCAUGGAGUCGCAUCCCAGCGGGACACUGUGGCUCUGCCAUCCCUGAGAGCCAGGCUCGGAGGAGAAGGCCCCCUUCACCCCUUUCCCAUGACCGAAAGGAGCAGAACGCGUGCGGGCAGAGCUCCGGCACCGGCGCAGGAGCGUCCCGGCACCACCCAAUGCUGCACACCCGGCUGAUGUGUCUAUGCAGUCCCUUCCCAGGCAGCCGUGUCCCCGCAGAGCCCAGCCCGGGGCCGGGGCUCCUCCAAGGUGUCUUCGUUUGCACUCUCCGGGACCUGGUAAUCGCUGUGAGCCCAGAGGAGCCGCGCCGGCCUUUGCCUCGCUCCGGGCACCGCGCCGGGGAGGGUUUUCCUCGCCCCAAACCGACGCACGUGGCUGAGUCGUCCCUUCUGCAGCAGAUCCAUGGCUGUCCCCUCAACCCCCAGCUCCCGAGGGCGGGUGGGGCGAGGCUGCUGUCCGACUUCACCAGCAAUAACGGGAGCUCCGCUGGCGCCGGGCCGUGCCCCUCUGCAGGAACUCCUGCGUGAGACCCCUCGUCCCAUUCCGGACCUCCCCGAGUGUAAAUUCAACCCCAGCCUCGUGCUUUCUUCCCUCUCGUUUCCUGAUGCCUCGGUGUCUCUCUUUCUCUCUCUCUCUCUCUCUCUCUCUCUCUCUCUCCUGACUGUGAAUUCAAACCAGAAGUGUUCUGAACUCGACUCCGUUACUGUUCUGUUUCUGCGUCGACUGUUGCUGGUUCUCCGAACUGCGUUUAAACGAGACUUUG